UUCAUUGGAUGCUGUACUUACUGUAAACAAACAUACUUCAGUCAAAGGGGUAUAAAUUUGAGGUGCAUCGGUCAGACAGUCAGAAUACUCCUGUUUCGUGUUGAAGUCAUUUGGACCUGAGAGCAACUGCAAACUGAAGAAAAUGAAGAUCCAAAUUUUGGUGCUGGCCUUUGCUUUGGUGGCUGUGAUCACUGCAGCACCAGCAGCACCAGCCAAAAAGGCUGCUGCAGUAGACCCAGAUGAAAAGGCUCUGGACGAUGCUAUUGCCAAGAAUGGCCCUGCAAUAGACAAGGCGCUCAAAGACGUCACUGUCGACGAUGCAAUGUCCGACUCUGACAUUCAGGACCUGGCUGUGAGCAACAUGAACGACGCUGAUGCAGAUGAGGUGGCAAGCAACAUGACCUCCGCUGACACAGAUGACGCGUUGAGCAGCUUGGACGAAGAUGAUGUGGCCAGCAUGAUGACCUCCGCUGAUGCAGAUGAGGUGGCAAGCAACAUGACCUCCGCUGAUGUAGAUGAUGUGGCGGCGGCUAGCGACGCUGAUGAUGACUCUGAUGAUGACUCUGACGACGAUGCUGACGCAGGUGCGGCAGCAGCCAGCGACUCUGAUGACGACUCUGAUGAUGACUCUGAUGAUGACUCUGAUGACGAUGCGGCGGCAGCCAGUGACGAUGACUCAGACUCAAGCGACGGUGCUGAUGAUGCUGACGUAGCUGAUGCAGCGGCAAGUGCUUAAUAAGCUAUGAAGUCAGAAUCCCUCACGACAUCCUGCCUCUCUCCAGUUUAACGCCUGAUCUACAGCAAAACGGCUAUCAUCUUGAUUGCCAAACUAUGUACAAUAAAACCACCUGAGGCAUUGUCUUACAAUAAUGGGAUCACAUUUUAUUGCAUUGUAUGGUGUAAAACCAGUUGUCUUUUGGGGACAAAUUAAGUUGACAGUUGAAGUUGUUGUAAAAGCUUGUGACAACUUGAAAUAAAAAGGUUUGUCUCAAUUUCA